GUUUUUGUGUUUGCAGUCAAGCAUGUCUAGAUGCACUUUGUCUCUCAGUGUGCGUAAGCAUGUGCUUGAGUCUGCAUGUAUUUGGCGGUCUACAGACUUUCCUGGAAUCCUGGAUCAGAUCAGAGGGGAGGGAAUGUACUGCUUUGGGCUCUUAUGAACAUGCAAUAUUGAUAAUAGCACAUGCUAUACUGUCACCAAAUCAUAUGGUUAUUGGAACUGCUGUAAAGUUUGGAGAGCUCAAAACCAUUGUUUGAUUACAUGACCUUGUGAGUUAUUGUCUGUUUGGAGAAUGGUUGAAAAAUAUUAAUCUAUCUAUCACUAGAUUCACACAGCUGAACAGACAGAAGACGAUCCAUGUCUGUCUGUCUCUUCCAUCCAUCCAUCCAUCUUCACAUCUACCCUCAACACACACAUACACAUAAACACACACACACACCCCUUCAUAACUGAAUGAAUCGUUGCGUUGCAGAGGGGGGUGGUCUUUGCCAUACGCUCUUCCAUUGAGGCAUAUAGACAAUGAUAGUUGGGCCACCCAGGCCUGCAACUCCCCCUCUCUCCCGUGUCAGUUGGUUCGCCCCAGUUCUCUCUCUCUCUGUAGAGCAUGCUGCAGUAUAAGUCAGACGCUGUGUUGCCACACUCACACAUACUCUCUCUCUCUCACACAUUCACAGCAGCAUGUGGGCUCGUGAGCGUAAAUCCUCUUACUCUUGGACGAUGCCCAGGACAGAUUAGACCGCAACGCAACCAUCGCACCCGACUGGCGUGCCAGCAAACGCCGCUCUCUGCCUCCUCUUCUCCUUCUACCUCACCCCUCUCUUUUCUUCUCCACCUCGACUCCCAUGCACCUGCGCCCGCUACAGACGCCGCUCCUGACUCCUUUUCUUCUCGAGUCUUUCUUCAUCCUGCACUCUCUGUUCUACUCCGCUGGCAGCGCUCCCAGUCUCUACCUCUCCCUCUACUGCUGCUGAUCUCUCUACUGCUGAGAUGACCGGGCUAAAAGACUGAGGGAGGCGAGGAAAAAAAGAAAAGUGGAAAGACAAAGAAACAAGAAGAAAAGGAAAAGGAAGAAUAGCUUUUUACUUGAGAGAAAGGCGGGAGGGGGGGUCAGAACUGUAGUAGAGGUGGAGGAGCAACGGGCAGGGAGGAAGCCAGAUAGGAAAGACUGCAUUCAGCCUAGAGAAAGAGAAAGAAAGCAAAAGAAAGAGAGACUCAAGACAAGAGACCCUGGAGAGAGAGGGUCAUGAAGGCUCUGCUGCUGUUGGUUCUGCCCUGGCUCAGUCCAGCAAACUACACUGACAAUGUGGGCAACCUUCACAUCCUCUACUCAGAACUGUGUAAAGGAGCGUCACAUUAUGGGCUCUCUGCAGAGAGAAAGCGGCGCUCUCAGGAGGGAGACUGCACAGACAGCACCUCAGAGCUCACUGUGGCAGCACUGCCCGGGGAGGGAUGCCCCUCCUCCGCUAUCGCCCUCCUAUCAGACGAGCCCGGCCUGGUUAACCCUGCCUAUGAGCCCAGUGUGGAAGAUAACAGCCAAUCCGGGAGCACCACCAGCCUGGCAGCACGCAGCGGUUCGAGGAAGAGUGAGUAUCGCAACUUUGACAGAACUUCAGCGCGUAGUCGCUCUUUUCGCCGCCUGAAUCGAGCCUUCAGUGUCCUGAGGAGGACCAAGAGUGGGACAGCAGUGGCCAAUGAGACCACAGAGGAGCGAGACAACCUCAGAAACGCCAACAUACCACCGGAGGUAUUUGCAUUACCUCAGCUGCAUCAUCUAAUCCCUGAUGGUGAAGUCACCAGUAUAAAGAUCACAAGGGCAGAUCCUUGUGAACCACUGGCUAUUAGCAUUGUUGGGGGCAAUGAGACGCCUUUGGUUCGCAUCCUCAUUCAGGACAUCUACAGAGAGGGCGUCAUCGCUCGGGAUGGAAGACUGCUACCUGGAGAUAUGAUCCUCAAGGUGAAUGGUAUAGACAUCAGUAAUGUGCCUCACUGUUAUGCUGUGGCGGCUCUGAAGCAGCCCUGCACACUGCUGCGGUUAACCGUACUGCGAGAGCAGCGCCACCGUUACCGUUCCCAUCAUCACUCUCCCACCGAGGCCUUCCCCACCAUCCGGGACGACAGCCUGCAUGUGGUCCUCGUUAAGAGGGCUCCAGAUGAACAGCUGGGAAUCAAGCUGGUGCGCAGGCCUGACGAGCAUGGCGUUUUUAUCUUCCACCUGCUGGUGGGAGGGCUGGCCGCCCUUGACGGGAGGCUGACAGUAGACGACCGCGUUCUGGCCAUCAAUGGCCACGACCUGAGAUAUGGCGCUCCCGAGCAUGCUGCGCUGCUUAUUCAGGCGAGUGAGGACCGCGUCCACUUCAUUGUGUCCCGCCAGACUCACAUCCCUACUCCGGACAUCCUACAGGAGGCGCCGUGGAACAUGGAAGGACCACCGCCCUACUCGCCUGUGGAUAUUGAGCACUCUUUACUGGAUUCAUGCCAAAAGCCUGCAUGUUACGAGAAGACGGUGACUCUGCUGAAGGAGCCGCAUGAUUCUCUCGGAAUGACGGUCGCGGGUGGGAUGAGCAGCAGGGGAUGGGAUCUGCCCGUCUACGUCACCAACGUCGACCCCAAUGGAGUGGUGGGACAAGAAGGCUCGAUCCGCAAAGGUGACAUCCUUCUAAUCGUGAAUGGGGUUGACCUGACGGGUGUGACUCGGAGCGAGGCUGUGGCUAACCUGAAGAACACCUCGUCCCCAGUGGUCCUGCGGGUACUAGAAAUGAGACCCCCAAAUGAGAGCUCCCUGGACUGCAUGCUGCCCCUGCAUUCCCCCUGCGCUCUCUCGCCCUCUUCACCCGGAGACAUCAAACUACCCCCGCCUAAUGAUGACUACUCCCCCCUCUGGGUGUCCUGGCUCCAGCUACCCAGGCAUCUAUACUGCUGUAAAGACAUUGUCCUCCGCAGGAGCACAUCUGGCAGUCUGGGUUUCAGUAUUGUGGGUGGACAAGAAGAACGCAACUGUAACCAGUCCUUCUUCAUCCGCUCUAUCGUAGAGGGCACACCGGCCUACAACGACGGCAGGAUACGCUGUGGAGACAUCCUGCUGGAGGUGAACGGGAAGAGCACUUGGGGAAUGACACACACGGCUCUGGUCCGCCUGCUCAAGGAGCUGAGGGGUCGGAUCACUCUCACCAUCGUUUCUUGGCCCGGCAGCCUGCUAUAGGACUACUCUGCGUGAGGGAGGAGCUUAUCACAUUGACGCUGCACUAGGGGGUGGAGCUUACACCACAGACCUUAUAAUGACAAAUAAAAUGGUGGAUUUUAGAAUCCGAGACUUCCUUGAAAGGCGGGGCUUAUGAUACAGACUGCCCCCCGGGAGCAGGAAAUGACACAUGGACCUCAUUCAGGUACUAGGAGCUCAGACUCUAAACUUGAAGGCGGAGCAAAUGACUUGACUCCGCCCACUAAGAAGCACGUUUAUCACACUCCGAAACCAGGAGGCGCUUUCACAAUUGCCCUUUUGUCAGUCGGCAAGGGUUUGCUGACAAAGAUGAUAUUUGUGCAUGAGAGGAACAUUGUGUCGUUAUAGAUGGAAGGUGGAGAUUGUAAUCUGUAUUAAAGGAAUUGGGAGGGUCUGAAAACACAAUUUCAGUAUGUAAUGAGGAGCGCGUCAGUCAGUAAAUGAGUUGGAAAUAGAUGUAUAAACAUUAUGGGCACUGUGCUAUAUGUAGUCAGAUUGUGUGACUCUAAUGUUGUUUGUAGAGGACGUUGAGAUGCUGCACAUGAGAGGGGUUUUCUUCAAAUGAGAGGUGAAAGGGAUACUGGAAUGUGUAGGGUUUGGGUGGGGGACACACAUUGCCAAUUCCAUUAGUUUUACAUGUUAGAAAAUGCAUCGAAGUGGACGCACAUUCUUUACUAUAAACGUCGAUGUCUGAAAAAAUAAUGAAACAGAUUCAAGCACUUGUACUAGUGACUAAUAUUACUUUUGGUUUAUUUCUCUCUCAGUUCCAACGGCUUUCAGAUUUCGGCUUCGUUUUGUUCAUUCUGACAGUGAUUCAUUCUCUCCAUCCACUGGCAUGGAGACACAUUUGCCAAGUAGUUCUAUCUAUGUUGGUACGUUUCAGAUGCUGUCGCAUAUGAAAAUAAACUAUAGUGAGUAAUAAAAAAAUAAUAGCAACCGAAAAAAGAAAAGCAAUGUUAAUAAUCUAUUUUAAAAAUGGAUGAUAACUUAUAAUGCUUAUAAUGAUAACAUGAGAUUUUGGUGGCCUUGCUGACUUUUUUGUUUACUUUGGAGAAGAAAGGACAGAGUGGUGUGUGAAAGGCUUACUGUGUGAGUGUGUAUGGGUGUGUGUGUGUGUGUCUAGGUAUCAUUAUGGGGUAAGGUGCGUGCUCUGGCAUCUCAUGCUUUGGCUUGUGCAGUAUAUUGUAUCUGUUGGUACCUUUGGUUCAAUGAUCAAUAAAGUCCUUUGGUUCAAAAGAUCAA